AUGUGGUGCAUUUGGGGAUGUACACUUCGACAACUCUUUCACGAGCAUGCACAACUUGAAUGUGCACCGAUCCCAGCAAAAUUUGAAAUAAGCGUUAAGAUUGAUUUUGAGUUCAAGGAUAUUUUCUUGUCUGGCACCCAAAAGCUAGCAACAAAACUCAAGUACAGACUUAUAUCAGUACUGAAAGGCACAUGGACUCUUCCAUCCGAAUGCUAUUAUCCAUCUAGCCCAACAAAGUUUGUCCACCCGAAUCCAAAGCUCCUUGUCAAAACACUUUGUUCCAACAUUCUUCGUCGAUUUCUCCACGAGAAAUGUCGGCUAGUUCCAAAUACCGGCUCAGCCGAAAAUUCAUGCCUAGGCCAAGUUUACAAUUUUUUUUGA